UGCUGUGCACUUUGCCUAGGCCAAACCUCAAAACCCUCCUGCCUCCUCAAGGCACACCUUCCUCCAUCGCUGUGUUUCGUUCCAUCUCACUCUUCUCUGUUUCAAUCUCUCUCUUCCCGAAGAACUCCUCUUUUAUGGAAGAUGACGAUGAGUUCGGAGAUUUAUACACUGACGUCCUCCGACCCUUUGCUCCGACAUCUUCCACCGCUCCUCAGUCUUUCUCUGCGCCCCCAUCUGCCACAGGUUCAAUCGAUCUCAAUUUCCAGACCCAUCGACUAGAGAUCCUCCACGGAGCUUCUCACCCUAAUUCGGCUGUUCCCUACCAGUCGUCCGAUCAAACCGGAGCUCCCAAGCGGGACGACUUCGUCGAAGAAUCUGCUCGCGCUGUAGCUUCCAAUUCUGCGCCGGGUUUGAUCGGGCGCGAUGAGAUAGACGAGCGUGGACCUGGGAAGGAAGAUGAAUCAGUUGAGGCUGCUAAGGUUAUUGAACGUGGAGAUGCGGAAUCGGCUGGUAGGGCUUUACAGGAUGUGAACCGCGGUAAGGAAUCUGGCAUUGGUGAUGUGCGCCGCGAAGUUGCUGUGAAAGGAGAUGAUUUGACGGAUAAGGAUGUAAAAUUUGACAUCGAGGAUGACGGUGAUGGAAUUGAAGAGGUGGGUUCCGAGCCAAUUAUUCCUGGGUUAUCAAGCGGUGCUGGCGGCUAUAUUGAUGGUGUGGUUGCUGCAGCAGGCGGUGAAGCUGCCGGAAGGUUUAAUGAGAGCGGUGACAGAGGCGAGGGCGAUGAUUGGGACAGUGACAGUGAGGAUGAUUUGCAGAUAGUGUUGAAUAAUCAUAUGGACAUGGAAAGAGGUGGAAUGGUGGGCGAAGAUGACGAAGAUGAAGAUAGUGAGCUGGUUAUCGUGGCAGAUGGCGACCCAAGUCAGGCAACUGAGGUGCAAGAGUGGGGCGAGAACUCAGCGCAACCCGCUGAUAGUGAGAGGAAGGAUAUGGGUGACUCUGCCAAAGCAAGUGGGGGCGUGACAGUGGUGCCAAAAGUUGGUUAUAGCAAUCAUGGGUAUCAUCCAUUUCAUUCGCAGUUUAAGUAUGUCAGGCCUGGUGCAGCGCCAAUACCUGGAGCAUCUACUGCCCCGGGAGUAUCUGCUGGUCAGAUCCGUCCACCUGCUAACAUGGUUCCUAUGGCUGGUCGUGGAAGAGGGGACUGGAGACCUCCUGGAAUAAAAGGUGCUGCUGCUUUGCAAAAAGGCUUUCAUGCAGGUCCUGGAUUACCUGUUUGGGGCAACAGUGCAGCAGGGCGGGGUUUUGGUGGUGGACUGGAAUUUACUCUUCCCUCGCACAAGACUAUAUUUGAUGUUGAUAUUGAUAGUUUUGAGGAAAAGCCUUGGAAAUAUCCUGGUGUUGACACAUCAGACUUUUUCAACUUUGGUUUGAUUGAGGAGACCUGGAAAGAAUACUGCAAGCAGCUGGAACAACUGCGCCUAGAGUCUACAAUGCAAAGCAAAAUCCGUGUAUAUGAAAGUGGCAGAAUGGAGCAGGAGUAUGACCCAGAUUUGCCCCCUGAAUUAGCUGCAGCAACUGGUAUGCGUGAAGUCAAUGCGGAAAAUACAAAUUCUGUAAAGUCAGAUGCUGGACAAAGUGAUGUUGGAAAAGGUUCUGGGCGUGUGAGGCCACCACUUCCAACUGGGAGAGCAAUACAGGUGGAAGGUGGUCUUGGUGAACGCCUUCCUUCCAUUGACACUCGACCUCCACGAAUCCGUGAUUCAGAUGCAAUCAUUGAGAUUGUUUUGCAGGAUUCUGCCGAUGAUGAUUCCUCUGCAGGGAUUGCUGUUCAAGAUCAAUAUGAGGGAGGAGAGCCCCAGAGAGAUGAUUUUGAAGAGGAGGAUGUUGUUGACGAGGUUCCAAAUGUGGAGCAUAAGUAUUUUGAUGGAUUUCCUCAAGAUUAUAGUAGUAGAAAGAGAGACCUUGCUGGAAAAAGAAUGACAUUCAAGAAGUCCCCACCUGCUGACGUGCUUGAAGGAGGUGAAACUCUGCCUUUCUCUCAGGAAGAAUCAGUCAACUGCACUAGUACUAGGGACCAAACUCCUAGACCCAGUGGCGGCAAUUCUGUCUCCUCUGAUGUGGAAAGGUAUGAAGAAGUCCUGAUUAUUUGCCUAAGUUCAAAACUAAUAGGUUUGGUAUUUUGCAUCUUCACCUAUUUACCAUCUGGGGUUUUCUAUUUACAGGCAGAUAGAAGAAAGGCAAGUUCUCGUAUAACUCCUAGUCGAGAAAUUAAUGACAAUAAAAAAGAAGAUUCUGAUGAAAGCAUGGAAAGGAGAGAUAAUGCACACUUGUCAUCUCCUAUGGCUGAGAAUGCAAGGGAGUCUAGUGUUGGGGAUAAGGAUGCUAAUCUUGAUGAGCCUGGGACGGCUGGUGAAAGUUCCAAAAUAGAGAAGGAGGAAAUGGAUCUUAAUGCAGAGGACAAAAGAGAUACCCUUAAGAGCUGUGAUGGGAAGCCAGAGAAAUUAACAUCUCAAGAUGAGGAACCUGUACUUGAUGAAGUUGAUGAUUGGGAGAACUCAAGAGCAGCAAGAAGUAGUGAUAACAGCAAAGCAAGUUCAGUAAGGAGCAGGGGCUAUCAGAAGCGGCUGGAUGGUUAUGAGGAGGAAGUAGUUCAGGAUGCACAGUCAGCACGUCUGGGUGCAAAUAGACGGCCCUCUGAUGAAAAUGAACAUGAUGAUCUCCAUAGAAGAGAGCAUGACGGAAGGCAAGAACCUGAAAGAGAUCGCCUACUGCCUAAAGGCAGAGAGGAAUCAUACCCUUACAAAGAGUGGCAUCCUAGCUCAGCGCAUCAAUUGCACAUGAAGGCUGAUGGAUUUGGCAGGCAAAAAGAUAGGGACGGCUCUGACAUUGCCUGGGCCCGCAGAGAUGAUGAUCCCUAUGGCAGAAGGGGCAGAAAUGAUGAAGCAAGAAAGAGGGAUAGGGUUAAGGUCCGAGAGAAUGAGAGAAGUGACAGAGAUGAUAGCCUCUAUUCACGAAAACAGUUGGAUAAUGGUAGUUAUAGGGUUCCCUAUGAUAAGGAUAUAGGGUUAAGGGACUCAGGAUACUGGGAAAAAGAUGAUGGCUUGAAGAGUAGGUAUGAAGCUAUGGAAGAUUACCAUAACAAGAGGAGGAAGGAUGAGGAGUAUCUUAGGAGGGAGCAUAUUGAUAAAGAAGAUAUGUUGCAUGGCUACAGGGAGAGUGGCAGUCGGCGUAGGAGAGAAAGAGAUGUAGUGUUGGAUCCACGGAAGAGAAAUGAUCUGCAAAGAAGUAGAGACAACUUAGAUGAUCAUUAUGCCUCAAGGCAGAAGGAUGACGGAUUACUACUGAAGGAGAGGUCUGAUAGGCAGAGAGAUAAGGAGGAGUGGCACAGGGCAAAACAAUCUCAUGAAGAACAUCCAUCAAAGCGUGAAAGAGAAGAGGGAAGGAGUUCUGUAAGAAGUGGACGAGGUGCUGAAGAAAAAUCAUGGGUUGGCCAUGUUAGGGCUCAAGACGAGCACAGAGCUUCUGUGAAAGAGUACCAAUCUAGAGAUGCAACGCGGCCUAGUGAACAAGUGAAGAGAAGGGAUCGAAUUCGAGAUGAAAGUCCUCAUCAUAAGGGUCGUGAGGAUUCUUAUACCCGUGGAAAUCACUAUAGCAGUGAGGAAAAGCGAUCUAGGCAGGAAAGGUCAAGUAGUCGUGGUGAUCGUGCUGCUACUGUUUCAGAUAACCAAAGAGUUAAUGAGAAAAGGCAUAAAGAGGGCACAAGGAGAAGCAAAGAAUCUGAUCUCAGCGAUCAUAAUAGUCUGUCCAAGAGGAAUCAGGAAGAUCAAAGUGGUCAGACCAACAGGAAGAGCUCAAGAGUCUCCAUUGAAGAAGGACGCACUGAGCAAGAAGGGCAUCAUCCUUCCAGAAAACACCGGGAAGACAUUUCAUCAGAUGAUGAACAACAUGAAUCUCGUAGAGGAAGAUCUAAAUUGGAACGCUGGACGAGUCAUAAGGAAAGGGAUUUCAGUGUGACUGGCAAGCCAUCAUCUUCCCUGAAGUUCAAAGACAUUGAUAAAGAUAACAAUGAUGCGUCUUCUGGAGUUGGGAAACCUGUGGAUGAAUCUGCCAAAACAGUUGAGACUGUCGAAAACCAACACAACGCAUCAGCUGAAGGAAAGGAUUCCAUUGAUAUGGAAAGCAAAGAUGCUGAUCCUAAGGGAUCUGGGGAUCGGCACAUUGACACAGUUGAGAAGUUGAAGAAACGCAGUGAGCGGUUCAAGCUCCCAAUGCCAAGUGAGAAAGAGGCUCUGACUAUCAAAAAGUUGGAGAGCGAACCAUUGCCUUCUGCUAAAAGUGAAAAUACUGUGGAUUCAGAAGUCAAACAAGAACGACCAGCACGAAAAAGAAGAUGGAUCAGUAACUAAAUGGGGGAAAAAAACAGGAUCCCACCAUUGCUUUGGCAAAAAUCUACCUAGGCAUCGGCCUAGUUCUGGCAAACCUAGAACCCCAGCUAGCCAGCCAUGCAAUAUCUACGUUGAAGAUCAGAAGAUGGCAUCGUUAGGGUUUCAGAUGAUUUGUAAUUCUUCAGUUGUAAUGUCAUUUUUGUAACCAUGCUUCUUCCAACAUAUGCAUUAUACUAUAUGUAUAUACAGGUGAAAACGUAAAAUUGGAACUGGUCACUGUAAUAGGUGACACAUUUUUCUGAUCUCGGCUGAGGAUUGUGUUGGGAAUUUGACUAGGGUCGGAUACAAAUGCAUCCAGAAACCAUUGACAUGGAUGAUGAGGCAUGAGCCUAAUACUGGUCACCUCUUGUGGCCCUGGCAGGUCCGAGUAUUGAAAAGAAAAAACAGGAAGCGUCCUGGUUGGCGGAGGACCGUUGUAAGAUGUCGAAGGCGCCUGUCUUUUGUUCUAGUCUUGUAGAUUAUGAACAAGCUCUGGCAACUGUUUUACUAUAUCACUUUUAUUCUUCUUUCCGAUCAUAA